UUUGCCUGAGAAAGUACGCCAAGCAUCAGGUUAAUGAAGAGAUGAUAUCUCUGUACUCCCUGCCCAACUUAACUCCCGGCGUCAGCCAUGAACUGGAAACUACAGUUCUAAGAAGCAAGAGAAUUAUACUGAAACAAAAUGUCUAGAAAUCUUCUGGGAUUAAUCAAAUAUCUGGACAUUCUGAAAAUGCAGAUGACAACGACUGGUAUUCAUGGGUCUUCAGUAAGACAGAAGAUGACCCUGUGCCUUGUAUCCCUUAUUGCUGCCGUCUUUACAGUCACCAUGAUCUUCAGAAAUGAACUUUUAGAUGCAUUGAGUUGGCUGAGAAGACCAUUAGACAGGACAACAGAUAACUGCCCACCUGGCUACUUCUGGCUGGGAGGAAUGAAAGAUUGCUUCCCCUGGUUAUCCUGUGAAAUGAUACAGACCGAGGUUACUGUGGUGGAACCAAUUGGACAAGGUGCUGUUAAGCAGGUUUUGCUUGCAUACUGGAGGGGAAACAAAGUGACUCUCUCUCGACUUUCUGCCUCUGAAUUCAGUGAUGACUUCCUUCAUGGAUUAGAGAUGCUGAAAGGCUUGCAGAGUUCGUACGUGGUUCAGCUGCUGGGAUUUUGUGAGGAGGAUGCCACUAUCCUCACGGAGUAUCACCCACUAGGAUCGCUAGUCAAUGUUAAUUCUGUUUUGCAACAGGAGGAGCACAGAGAAUUUGAUACAUGGGAAGUUCGAUUCCACUUAGCCCUUGAAUACGUGAAUUUUCUGCAUUAUUUGCACAACAGCCCAUUGGGUACCCGUGUUAUGUGUGACUCCAAUGACCUGACAAAGACCUUGUCUCAGUAUUUGUUGACAACGAAUCUGCACGUGAUAGCCAAUGAUCUGGAUGCCCUUCCACUAGUGAAUCGAAGUGCUGGUGUUUUAAUUAAAUGUGGUACCCGACAGUUACAUGGUGACUUUGUGGCUCCAGAGCAGCUUUGGCCAUUUGGUGACAAGCUUCCAUUUUCUGAUGACCUCAUGCCUCCAUAUGAUGAGAAAACAGAUAUUUGGAAGGUUCCGGAUGUCACAGACUUUUUGCUGGGCCAAGUUGGAGGAAGUGAUGUGGUCAGACUUCAUUUGUUUCAGUUGCAUCAAGACUGCAAGAAAAAUAAGCCACAGCUUCGACCAUCAAUACUGAACGUUGUGAAGACUUACAAAGCUGUUUAUGAUUCACUGAUACAAGAGUCGGACUUGUUUGGUAUUCACAGUCAGAUGUUACAUGAAUUAUAAUAAAUGAUGUGAUCUUCCUCUUGAGAAUGCUGUAAUUCACCUCAGAUAAACUCCCUUCAAUACAAACUGACUCUGUUUGUCAUUACAGGACAAGGCAAAGAUUGAGUAAUUCUUGACACCAAUUUUUGUUGUCUUAAUUGCAUGCAGAUAGGCCUAAUCUUAUCCAUUAAAGAUUGCACAGGAAUCUAAUGUUCUCUCUUAACUGACAACUCUGAUGUUUCUUCACUCCAUCCAACAGCUAUUAUAUCCACAGACCCUUAUCCUCUAUACAUGAUCAGACCUUGUGGCAUAUUAAGCCAAUGCCCCUCUCCCACUCAGCUCAUGUCCCACCCUUUGAUGUCUGAUUACCGAUUAUCACACCACUCAACAUACUAUAUCCAGAGCCUGCAACUGAAUUCCUCCUUCCUCCACUUCCAUCAGGACUUUGAGAUGACACAGUGGUGCAUCUAGAAGAGCUGCUGCCUUGCCGUGGCAGAGACAUGGGUUUAAUCCUAACCUUGGCUGUCCGUGAGGAGUUUGCAUGGCCUCCUUGUGACCAUGCAUGGAUUUUCUUCAUGUGCUCUGAUUUCCUUCUGCGUGCCAAGCCGUAGGUUGGUUGGUUAACUGACCAUUGUAAAUUUCCUCCAGCAUGUAUGGAGGUGGAGAAAGCAGGGUGCUGAGAAAAAUUUAAUGUGAUGAAUGUGGUUGUUAAUUUAAAUGGUUAGUGGCUAGCAUGAAUCCAGUGGGCUGAUAGGCCUGAUUCCAUACUAUAACAUACUUUUUCACUCAGUCCUUUCCACAGUAUUGUCAUGCCCAAUGGUAUUACUCUCACUGUGCUCCACAAAACACCCAUGAACUGGGACUCCCAUUGCAUCCACACCUUCCCUGCAUUCUCCCAUUUUCAUCUGAUUGUUAUCCCUCUGCCUGGACUUCAUUAGACACGUACGCAUUCUAACCACCACAAUGUCCCCUGGUGUUGCCAUACCGUAGGACUCUUCUGCUCUUUCUGUAAGUAUUGUUGUUAGGUAACUCUCGUUAACUCCACUCUGCUUCUCCAUUCACACCCCAGAACAUUUCCUUGCCCGUGAUCAACAGCCCAGCCCUCCCAUGCCUCUAUAUUCAGUUAAAAUUAUGUGUAAACUAUGAAUUACACCAAGUGGAUAAACUGCUUUCUACAUAAAACACUAAUGUGGAAGUAAUUUUAUACUUUUGAAAAUGUGUACACCAGACUGUUUCCUAGGUUGGUAAGGUUGUAUUAAAAGGAGAGGUUAAGCACACCAGGCUUGAACUCUCCAGACUUGACAGAUGACUUGAUUAAAACAUAUAGAGUACAUUC